AAGGCAGAACUCAGCACAAAUUUCGUUAUCACGGGGGAUCGCACCCCUACUGUCUUACACGGGCACAUGCUGCGCGCUCACAUCGUCGCAAAAAAAAAGUUAGCUAUAGUUGCACAUUAACAAUGCUCACACACCGUGACGGAAAAUCAAGAGACAACAUCGGGAUUUUACAAGAUAACUCUCGCGAAAAGAAUACUCAUAGUAAGCACACCACGUCAAUAUUUCCAAAUAGAGAUAAUACUCCUGUUCUUCAUGUAGAUGUCGCCCCCUGCGGCACCAUUCGCACAUUAAACCCCCAAUUCUUUGACAAUAAAGGCUCAAAUUUAUUGACAAAAGGUCUAUCCAAUGAUAGGGCGGAUUUCGAGAGCCCGGACUUGAUAGACGUGGGCAAGAGCCAAACAGAGACAGGUUUGUAGUUUGUCGGCCAAUCCCAAGUGCCUGCAGGGCCCGGUGGGCGGGCCUAAGCCCUAUCUGUGAGAGAAGGCCGAGCGCUGGCUGGAAAAGCGGAAAGAAAAUGGCGGCCGUGGCUGCGGAGCCUGGAGCUGCUGCGGCAUCAACGACAACAGCGGGGGACGGAGCGGAGCCCGAGCCGGAGAUAGUGCAGCCUGCCCUGGCGCAGGCCCCACUCGAGGCCGAGGCCAGCGAGGAGCGUGCCCCAGGGAUGAACCUGGCGCUCCUGCCCGAGGACGGGGAUGCCGCUCAGGAAUGCAGCCCGGUGACCGCCGAGGCACAGGGCAGGCCGGACCGAGAGGCCGCGGGGAAGGCGCUCGCUGCUCUUGCGGGAGGCGAACAAAAUGCAACGGGGAGGCUCGGGGAAGGCGAGGCAGGAGCCGCGACCGCCUCCACAGACCCCGAACCGGACCCGGAGAGCGCGGGGGACCCCAGCAGCGACGCGGAAAGCGGGGAGUCGGGGUCAGCCCCGAGCGUGGAGGCGGCGAACGAGGUCAGCAGCCACAGUUCCCACGCCUGUUCUCCUCCAGGUCCCAGCCCGGAUUCACCGCGGGCGCCCGGCUCGGACCCUGCAGCAGACGCGCAGCCUGAGCUGGCGAGCCCCCCGCGUGCUCCGGGGGAUUUCCACGGUACCGACGAGCACCUGCAGCACCGCCCCGAACCGGACCCGACCGAACCGACUGAGACUGGGGGCGAAACCCAAGCCCCCACAGAGCCACUGACGGGACCGCAGCCCGCCCUCGAAGGCGGCGCUGAAGUGGCGGGGUCCGAGUCCUGCUCCGGCGAUGCCCCGCCGUGUGCCGAUAACGCCGGGUGCGUCAAGAUGGACCCGGUUGCCGAGACCGAGGAGCCGCUCGGAACCGACGAGGGGCGAAAGCCACCGCAGGCGGCCGUUGUCGGCCACGAUCCGGUCCAGGCUCCGGCGUCGCCUGUGGCCGAUUCAGCUCCUCGGCUGCCUCCCGAUCCCACGGACCUGCGUGCGCCCGGUCAGCAGCGUGACGCGGAGCCCCCGGAAAGCGAGCCCGAGCCGAAGCCCACGGGGGCCGGGGGAGACUCGGUCCUGAUCCGGCCCGACUGCCUCGCGCACCUCAUCCCCGGCUCCGAGGUCCGGGUCUCGCUGGACCACAUCAUCGACGAUGCCCUGGUGGUUUCGUUCCGGCUCGGCGAGAAAAUAUUCUCCGGGGUUCUGAUGGACCUCUCCAAGAGGUUCGGACCCUAUGGAAUUCCGGUCACCGUGUUCCCCAAGAGGGAUUACCGGGAUAAACCCGAACCUAUGCAGCUAAAGACGGAACCAUUCCAGCCGGAGGCUCCGGACACACAGGACGGCCCCUCCCAGGAGCCCCCCGCCGCCCCCGCCGCGCCGCACCCCAGCCUGUGGACCUCAAAGCCCCCUCCCCUGUUCCAGGAGGGGGCCCCUUACCCCCCGCCUUUGUUUAUCAGGGACACGUACAACCAGCCGAUACCUCAGCCCCCGCCCCGCAAGAUCAAGCGGCCGAAGCGCAAGCUGUACCGCGAGGAGCCCACGUCCAUCAUGAACGCCAUCAAGCUGCGGCCGCGCCAGGUCCUGUGCGACAAGUGCAAGGGCGCCGUGGCGGGCGAGAAGCGGGAGGCGCGCCGGGGCCCCGGGGCCGGGGGGGGCGGCGGCGGCGCGGGGAACGCCGCCCCCCUGCCGCCCCGGAUCCGCCUCAAGCCCCAAAGGUACCGUAACGAAGAGAACGACUCUUCCUCUUGUAAGCCGGCCCUGGAGAGAGUGCAGGGCGGCGGCUGUAGAGGGGCGCCCAAGGCGGCCCAGCCGGUCCCCCGCUGCCCCUCCACUCGCUCCUCCUCCUCCCUCGUCCCGGCGGGCGAGGCCGGCGCCUCCUCCGAAAGCCAGGGCCCGGCCCGGGGGCCCGAGCCCCAGCCCAGAACGGACCCCCGGCCCCAGUCCGAGCCCGAGCCCCUGCCCCUGCCCCAUCCCGAGCCGGCCGAGGAGAACAAGGACACGGUGGCUCCCGAGGAGCGGGGGGGGGACAGGCGCGAGAGGCGGGGGGGCAAGGCGGCCGACCUCCCGGCCUUCGUGGCGCUGACCCCGGGCAAGCCGGACUCGUCCGACGCGUCCGUGUGCAGCGUCGACAGCGCCGACGACCUUAAGUCCUCCAACUCGGAGUGCAGCUCCACCGAAACCUUUGACUUCCCCCCGCCUGGGGCGUUCCACGCCCCCUCCGCGCCCAGCACCUCCUCCACCGCCCCCAACACCACCUCCUCCUCCUCCUCCUCCUCCUCCUCCACUUGCUCCUCCUCUUCGGCCUCCAAGGAGGACAAAAAGCUCAGCAAUUCCCUGAAAGCGACGGUCUUUUCCAAAAACGUCUCGAAGUGCGUGACCCCGGACGGCAGGACCAUAUGCGUAGGGGACAUCGUCUGGGCCAAAAUUUACGGCUUCCCCUGGUGGCCGGCGCGCAUCCUGGCCAUAACCGUGAGCCGCAAAGAUAACGGGCUCCUGGUGCGGCAGGAGGCCCGGAUUUCCUGGUUCGGGUCGCCCACCACCUCUUUCCUGGCACUUUCUCAGCUCUCCCCCUUCCUCGAAAACUUCCAGUCGCGCUUUAACAAGAAGAGGAAGGGGCUGUACCGUAAAGCCAUCACCGAGGCGGCCAAGGCUGCCAAACAGCUCACCCCCGAGGUGCGGGCCCUGCUGACGCAGUUCGAGACGUGAGCGGGCCGGGGGGCGGGGCGGGGGGGGAGGCGCGGGCUCGGAAAGGUAGGCAAAAAGCACAUGCUCUCCCCCCGACGAGUGCCAGCCCCUCUGCAGCCCCCCUCGUCUUUUGUUUUUAGUUUUAUUUCCCCCCACCACCACCACAGUGGUGGGGGUUCUGAGAGUCGGGGGCGACGAGAGAGUUGGGGGGUGGAGGAUACAGCAAUGAUCUCCAGAUGGUCAGGUGGAUGGGCGGGGCACCCCAGUUGUGUUAUCCGUUCCCCCCCCACCCCCCCCCCAUUUUGAGACGUGGUGCUAAAAAAAAAAAAAGCCCGACACUACAGCUUUCUCGGAGCAAGUCGGCCCCUUGCCCCAGCCACUGGCCCGGCUCGGACUUACAGUAAAGGCGCUGGCCGACCACGCCUCUCUCAGGUCUGUGAGUCCACCCGCUGGCGACUCUCGGGGGUGCGACAGGACGAGUUCCGAGUUCCCGAUGGGGGAAACAGAUGUUCCCGGAAGCAUAGGUCCUAGAGGAGGCCCGACUGAUCUGCGGGGUGGGCGUGUCAGGCAGUGGGUUUCAGAUUGUGAGUUUUUCCUCUCCUGAAAGCUUCUUCUGUACGGGUUCCCUCUCCCUGAAUUGGCGGUGCGGAGCUGGUCUGUCUGCAGGGAGGUGCGUAGGAGCCCCAGUGUGUCUAAAGUAAGGCUCUGCUCUGAUGGCCGAGAGCAGGGAGAAGGACUGGAACCCUUUCAAUACCGUUGGGAGUUUUUAAAGAGACUUUAAGUCCCGGAUAUGGUGCAGCAGGGUGCUCAGAUUUUCUUUAUCACCUGAUAGUGUGACGUUCAGCACCGGUUUAUCCAGGAUGAUUGCGUCAUUGCCCAGGACUUUUCAAGAGCUGUGCGCAUUUCAAAGCUUGCAUCAGACAGAAUUUCCCAUUAAACACCGGUUACGAUUUCUUUGGGGGGUCUUAUCCGUGUCACAGGUGCAUUAAUUUUAGGGGAGGGAGAUACACUGGGGAGUAGGGGGGUAGCUAUCUAUCACUCUCUUGUUCUUAGAAUGACUAUUUUAAUUCUUUUUUGAAUUUCCUAUUUUUCGGUAUGUAUCUGCCGACCAGAAAUUGUACACUACACAGGCCCGUAGAGCAGACAGACCCCCUUUUAUCUUUUGGGGAGCGCUGGUGUACUUGACCGUCACCAGAGGCCUGCCCGACAGCUCCUGCGUAGCUGUGGAGUGCCGGCCUUUAAAGACCACUUUAAACCGUCAGUCCGGUGCAUUAACAAACACUAAUUAAGCAGAUCAAUCAGCCCAUUUACGUCAUGCAUGCUCCUGCGUCAAUGAAGGGCCACCUCCUUUCUCAUUUCCUACCCCAGUUUCUGAAGCACCUGCUUCGGUUUCAACCAGGGGGCUUCUGCGGUAUGGGUAGAUUUUGGGCUGAAUCCCCCCCUAAGCUCCUCCCUGGUCUGUUUGAACCCCUGGGAGAAUAGCAGAUGCAAGGUCUGUGCGAGCUGGGGGGAGAGGGUACCCCCUCAUUCCCUUGAUUUUGUAUCGCUGACCAGUAGAUGGCACUUUUUAGGGUAGAGCAUGACAUGGGGGAGAAAAAGUUUGAAUCAAAGGUCAGCAGUUGAGGACACUGGACGCCCAGUGAUAGGACCCAGCGGUGUAAUGUCAGGAUGACCAGAGUGCUGCUCGGAUUUGUGAAUUUCUACAGUGAUCCUUGCACACAGUGGCAGCUUGGUUUUUUUGUUACAGAAGGUUGGGUGACCAGAUGUUUUGUGUAUUUAGGGAAGUGAUUGAAUGGGAAGGCUUACACUAACAAGUUAGUGGAGUGGACACACAAAGAACAUGUUUUAUGCGUCUUCUCUGACAAAUUGGGAUGUGCUUUUGAGGCCUUGUGUUUCUUUAAAGGUCACUCUUCUUUAGAGGGGGUGUUUACCCCCAACAGGACAGUAAAAGAUAUUAAAACACUAGAUUCUGGGACAAAAUCAUCCGUUUUCCCCUCAGUUUGUUUUCUCACAAAAACAGUUUUUCAGGCUAAUUGUAGAGCGUAUACUUUUGGUCUUGGCAAAUGCGUUAUUAUAUGUAACCUGACUUGCAAUUUGUAUGCGCUUAGAAUAAUUGUAAUGCUCCCUUUGAAAAUGUACUGCAGGGAAUGAUUGGCUCCUCUCAAAACCUUUUUUUAGUGUGUCUGUUAACCUUGAAGAGCUUGUCCCGAGGAGAGGAAAGGGAAAUGCAUUUAAAACCGAGAACAGUAGACACUCCGUUACCCAAAGAGUGGUGGGUGUAUGGAACACGCUGCCCAGCCAUGUUGUUGAAGCCUUAACCCUGGCUUCUUUCAAGAAGCAGCUGGAGGACUGAACAGCUAAUGACCACGUGGGUUAGGUGGGCAGGUGGCCUCCUCGUCUCAUAACCCCUCUUCUGUUUUUAAGUGACGGCUGACUGCAGACCAAGCAGCGCUGUGUUCAGCUGUGUUCAGCUGUGUUCAGCUGUGUUCAGCUGUGUUUGCUAGAAAAGUGAAGAGCAGUGUGGAUGCGGGUCACAGGGUAGCUGUCCUGAACCAGAAUUAGAAGGGAACAGGGGCUACAUGCCCUCGAGACCUGAAACUGGGACCUUGGACCUAGUGAAGAUGAGGACUGAGCAGAGACCUAGUCACAUUACAGCAGCAUUUUUGCUAGCGGUUGCAGACAGGGGUGCAGGAGGUCCCGUUUGUUAUGAAGUGAGAUUCGCUUGUCUUUGUCAAGUCCCCUCCGUUCAAGCGGUGUUGCGCCUUGGUGUCUCUCGUUGCGAAGCUCCUGAAUGAUCGUGCUUUCGGUUUGCCCUCCUGGCGUGUGUCUUUAAACUCCACGUGCUGGCUGGUUCCAAGUCCCGCAGCCCAGUGGUGCCCAGCUGUGGUCCCGGAGAGCCGCUGUCCAUCCAGUUGUGUGCGUCAGCCAUAGGUCAGCCAUUUUUACACACACCUGGGGCGCUUUCUAAGAAGGUGAGCUCUAAGAGAUGGUUUCAAACGAAGAUAUUGACACCCCAUAGCUCUCUGGGACCGCAGUUGGCCUUUCCUGACAUAAUUGAGCCAAAUCAAGUGAUGGAGACUCGCUUGUGUCCCCCGUCUUUCUGAGUUGAUGUUUCACGUGCGGUCUGGAAGAGCUGCUGGUCUGUGGCUCUGCAGGACCAGGGUGACUUCUGUUCCUCAGCUUCCAGAGGACGUAGCUGAAGUAGCAUUCAGUCCGUUUGCAUAUAAGUAGAGUUUCUCUGUAUAAUUAAUUCAUUUAGGGUUAAAACAUUAUUUAACCGCUGUCUGUAAACAGCUUAAUGGAGCAAUAUCUUAACUAAGGUGUAAAAGUAGUAUCCAAAGGAAAAUCAGGGCAGGGCAUCCAAAAAUGUUACAUUGAUUGGUGAAAAUAAUUGGAUUAGUUAUCAGUGUAGAUAAUUUUUCUCAAGUAGUGGUUAGCAUUUCACCCUGGGUUCAAUUCCAGGAAUACUAUACGUGAGGAGUUUGCAUGUCCUCCCUAUGCUGGCGUGGGAUUCCUUCUGGUGCUCCCGUUUCCUCCUACUGUCCGUGACAUACUGGUAGAUUAACUGGCUCCUGGGGGAAAAAUAGGUCCUGGUCGGUGUCUUUCUGUGCCCUGUGAUGGAUUGGCAUCAUCCGGGAUGUAUCCUGCCUUGCAUGCCGUUGCUGGGUUAAGCUCCGGCUCCCCUGUGACCCUGCACUGGAUAAAACGGUUAGCGGAUGGAUAGAUGGGUGUUUUUUUCGUGCCUCAGUUCCAGAGCUCUUUCCGGAUCCCUCGUAGGGACCGCAAUUCUGCGACCGUUGGGGGCCACCUUCUAGCUUUUAUAAAAAAUGAGAGCCUUAAUGAAAAGAUGCUUGUCGGGUUAGUUAAGAGAGUGCCCACAUGCUUCAUCAAGUACAGAUUGACCGUCUCCACAUCAAGCAAAGCUUCUGCUCUGUUGUGAUCUUGAUUGAGCCACUACAGCUAGACCCUCACAAGUGGUUCCAUAGAUCCAGAUUAUAUUGAGAAUUAUUUUAAGUAGGCUGGAUCGCUACUGUAGUUAACACAUAGACCAGGCCUACUCUAAAUCGAAUUAAAAAUUGGUGUGAUUAGGAAUAAGUAUGCAUGAUGUAGUUACUGAUGAAGGGAGUCUCUGAUACAGGUAGUUGAGGGACAGUUUAGAGAAUAAGAUGACCUGCAGAACAGUUACAGGUGACAGGCCUGUCAUCUGGCCUGUUUGGCUGCUAAGAGCUGUUUGGUCCAAGGAUCUUAUCCAGCUGUUUCCUGAAAGAAGCCAGGGUAUCGGCUUCAACACCAUGGCUGGGCGGCUUGUUCCACGUUCGCACCACCUAAGAUUUAAACUCUAGACUGCUUGAUCCGGAGUCCAGAGCGCCAAAUAAUACAGCCACAGAGUCACUCUGUGGCCUGAGGUGCAGAAUGUGCGAGGGAUUGAACUAGGAGAGGAGAGAAGCAGGGGCUAGCUUAUGACUGGUGCUUCAGUAAGGCUGCAGUUUGGCAGUCUGAACGCCUGUCCACAAAACACGUGUCCAAAUGCCCUAAGCUGGCUCCUCUGACUCCCAGUGAUUGGAUUAGACAGCAGCAUAAAAAAAUCCUUCAGUUAUAUCCUAGAGCGUUUGCUCAGCCAGCCAGGAAAAAAACGAAGACUCAGAUUUUCCACGUGAGAUGGGCUCUCAUGUUGUUUGCAGUGUGUCCUACAUUAUGGUUAUUUAAUAAUGGCAGGUAGAGCGCAGAACUCCUUGUCUUGCAGAAAAUUGACUGUUGAUGCUUCUUGAAAGGAGUUUUUUGUAUCUCAGUAUUUUAAGAAUUUGUGGUGUUUGUAGAGGAGGUAGCUGACAUUUACUGCUGUUCCAGGUAUCAGGUAAGCUGGAUGCCGUUAGAACAAACUGCCCAGAUUCUGGGACAGGGCCGUAAUUAGCAUAAAUGCGGCAAUCGGUGUUACUUAGGGGAGUCAUUGAAACUAACUGCAACAUGCUGCUGCCAGAACGAUAGCUCUGUUUUUUUGACUCAUCCAUAAUGAGAAGGCUGGAGGUUAGAGAAGCAGUGGUGAGGGUGGGUUGCCGAAGGUUUGUGCUGCGGUGGUGAAAAGGGGGAUCAGUAGUAGUGUGGCACUGACGUCCCCGCUCACCAGUGCGAUCUGCCCAGAUAGCUCAGCCCUUAAGCCAGAGUCACCUCGGGCCCCCUUCAGCUUUCCUCUGAUCCCUGAAGAGGAUAAAUGAGUGGGGAAGGUCAGGCUUGACCUGCACAUCCGGCUUGAGUGCUUUGUGAGCCCUGAGCUCUCCCUCCCUCUCUCUGUCAGCCUCAUAACAUGCUGUUUCCCCUCCUCUGCACUUCCACAGAGGGAGAGCAGCUGUCUCUUGGAGUGGUUAUGUCAUGCGUGUGACAUGACAUCCUGGGGUAGUUACGCCAUGCGUGUGACCAAAUGUCCUGGCCAUACCUGAGUCAUCUGCGUUUUUACCUCCCUGAUGAAGGUGUGGCCCCCCCGAAUUAAGGAGAAUGCAUUACGGGCUCAAAAGCAAAGUGAAAUCUCUGCGACAUGGUGCGAAAACAGGGCACUCUUCUCUAAACCAUGAGCCUCCGUUGGUUUGGGGCCUCAGAACUGCUGCUGUGCCGUGUUCUGUCUGGCACCAAGAUCCCUAAAAGUAAUUUAUUUUUUAAACAACCGUAUCUUGUCAACAAAAAUCAGGAGUGGUUCUUUUCACUCUUUAUAUUUCCUUUCUUUUCAUUGCUGCAAUAUUUCAUGGUGCAAUUAACGCCGUCCAAGGCAAACCACACUACGAUUGUUGAUGCUUCUUUCUUCCCGGAGAAUCGGGCUGCGUGUUGAAUGGAACGUCAGUUUUGCUGCUGGAGUGAUUUUUCUGAUCAUAUUUAUCGCAUCCCACGUUUCUUGCAGCACCUACAAACCUGUUGACAUCUCAGAUUGAACAGUAGGGUGUUGAAAGAACUACUCUCAAUUUCUCUGCCUUUCACUACUAUCGUUAAUUGUUCAUUAUCACAUUCGUUUUCUUAGUUCUCUUUUCUUGCUCACAGGGGUGUGUUCUUGCUUGAGUGUGUUGGAUUCGGAGAGGGGAGGGGCCCUAUUGCAGCUGUUAAGGGAGAGGUAGCCGUAACGCUCCCUAGCGCGGUGCACAGCACGUCAUGAUCCGAGCAUUGAACGUCUUCCCCAGCCUGCACCUCUGAACGAGAGCAGGUGUGAUGAGGCAGCCUAAGCUGGAACUGUCGGGGACAGUGUCUGCUGUCAAGGGUGAAUGUGUCACUUUUGUGCAACAGAGGGCUUUUGUCAGAAGCUGAGCUUGGUAGAACACAGUGCACAUUUAAAAUUGAUUUUAAUUUUCACACAUGCUGGAGUUAAUUUUGAGUACCGAUUUUUUUUCCUGUUUUUACAAAUCUAUGGAGGGGAGGGAACGUUACACCCUGUUUUCUGUAGUCUUCUGAAAGUAAUUUAUUUACCUUUAGUUGUCCGUUAGGGGUAUUGAAAUAGGAGUCCCUGUUGAUUAUUUCAGUACUGCUUUGGAGUAGCCAGUUAGAAUCAGAGCUUUUUUUAGUGCACUCGGGAUGUGGGGGGUUCUGUAUGUUCCUGUUAAUCUCCAAGCAUCAGCUUUCUCAGCCUGUCCUCUGACCACUCCGGCAUCGGUGCUAAUUCAAGAUCAGAGUCCGCCGCGCUGACGUGCAGGACAGUUCUGCAGGGCUCUGGCUGCAGGUGGUCUCGUUGGUCCUGGAUGAGAAGGUUUUCGGUCUCUUCAGGCCAGAUCGACUGCCAGAUCGAUGAAGUGCCCUGGGGUGUUGGCCGGAAACAAGCUACGAGUGUCGCUCCCUCAAAAUGCGUUCCCCUCCCACCUAGAUGUUGUGUAUCUGCAACAAUCUUCCACUUCCCUGGUAGGUCCUGUGAGGCUGUGUGCAAGCCAUCCUCAUUUAAACUCUCCUGCUGUGUGAAAGCAAUCCAGUGUUCUCUCUGAAGGAACAACAGGCACUUGAUAAGUGACAUGGCUGCAAGGUGACGUGCUGAGAUUAUUUUUGUCUUUAGCAGAAUGACAACUAUCUAAUCAUGUUUUCACAGCGGGGGUGGGGGUGGCGGGGUUAGGCAGGUAUCAUUCAUCUGUUAAGACUGCAGGCAUCCAUUUACUGUAUAUCCUCUGCAGAUGAAAGCAAAGAAAUGACCUUGGCGAAUCCUUUGGAAACAUAAAAAAAACAGCUAGUUCCUAAACUCUUCCUAAGGUGUUCUUGUGAUAUUUUUCGUCUUUUGAACAACUAAAAGCAAUGCAGAGCUUGUGUCCUCAAGACCCCAGCCUCCCCCAGCCUGCUCUAGGACUGGUUAACAAAGCUGUCUGCUGCCCCUGUGGUUCACCCCCUCCUCCUUAAAGAGACUCUCGCCAUGGCCCACUGGAGUGGACAUCUUGCUGGUAGAAACACACUGAGUGACUGUCAACCCCAGUGAGAAUCAAUUCUAUUUAUAAUGGUGGUUGGCUUUGUAUUUUUUAUGUUCCCUUCCUUAUCUGUUUGCAGAUCAGAGAAUGCUGUAUAUUGAACAAGGAAAAAAAAAAAGUUAAGACAUUAUUUGUGUAAAUGUUUUCUGAUGUACAAAGAUUAUGUAAAUAAAAUGUUAACUACAAGGAAUCUGACCUAGUUGUCAUUUUUUUCCUCCCCCUCUUCCUCUGCCCCUGUAUUCCCUCAACUGUUUUGGUCUCUUUUUAAGAAAAAGAAGAAGGAAUAAAUGAACAAAGCUCCAUUUACUUAGGUAAUGGUCGUUAGUCCAGUUGGGCGUCCCGGACACUUAUCCUGUGUUGAUCUGAAGCAUAUAGAAGGCUCUGCCUUCGUUGCAGCCGAUCCAUGCCUUUUAACAUUGGGCGAACGGUUCUAAAAUCGCUCCCAGUCGGGAGUUUGGAUGAGGCGUGACACCUUUUCAGACAUAGCAAACUGAGAGGAGAAAGUUGAGGCUUCCUGCUUGCCCUGGGGAAGGUCGAUUGCUCGGAAAGCGUAGCUGCAUCUGAGGAGGCGUGGAGACGCAGGCUUUGCUCUUCACUAGAUGCAUGGAGGGUUACUGGAUGAGAGGGUCGUUUGGUGGUUUUGAAUUCUUGGCACAGUUUAUUCUCUCACCUGCAAACAGAAUUUCUUCUCCCUUUUUUUUUUUUUUUUUAAAAGGCCUCCCUGUUCGAACAUUGGCCUCGGUGUGAUUCUGGAGUAAGAUUUUCACAUUGUUCUGGACUUAAUCUUCGGGUGCGGAGCACGAGCAGGGUGUGCAGCCGAGUCGCAGUAGACAGUGGCUUUGUUCCCUUCUUCAUUCUUUUUCUACUGCACGUAGAAACCUGGCGCCAAAAAUAUCUCAAGCAAAUCAGCCCUGGUACCUUGAAGUUUGUGUCACUAGAGGAUGUUGAACCAAAGGGAGUUUUCUACCUUGAUGCAGGGUGAGUUUUUUUUUUCCACAGUGAGGUUUGAGGACACUCUGAUGGAAGAAGACUAGUCUAGAACUGUUCAGCUUUUGGAGCGUAAUCAGUGCUGUCGGUUUGGAACUCAAGUGGCCUCUGCUGAGGACCCUUUUUUAAAGCCACCCCUUUUUUAAAUUGACAUUGAAGCAUGGAAACCCAGAGGAUUUCCAAUGGCAGGAGAUAUAGGUCCUGUGUUUCUGCACUGGCAAAAGUGCAUUGAACUGUAGACCCCUCUGGGAAUGGCUAGUUGCUCAGAGUUUGAAAUGGGAGCUGGGGUGGCACUACGACAUCGUGAUCCCCGUAACACUAGAAGGGAUCAGUUCUUGACUGGGUCACAUUGUAAGGCAAUGUGUCGCUAGGCAACUGACAGUGGCCACCUGUUGCUAGCUAGCUGUGUAGCUGUGUCACUGGCGGACUGUGACACCGGCUGAUUGUGGUGCUAGCCGACUGUGACUGGCCAAGUGCGACAUUGGCCGACUGUGUUAGCUGAGGGACCGUUAGCUGACUGUGACACUGACCACCUGUUUGUAAAGCAACUGUGAUACCGGCCAGCUGUGGCACUAGCUGACAGUGCUGCUAGCCGACUGUAAUACUGGCCAACUGUGACCGACUGCGACCAGGAUCCUCCAAGCAGUGGGGCAUGUCCUGGGGCCGGACUCGCCCUCUUCCCUCCCCCGUGGCUUCCCAAGGGCUUGCGGACUCCAUAAGGGAUGCUGCUGUCUUCCAGUCAUGACGUGUCAAAGGGUCUGGGAAGUCAUGGCAUUUCAAAGGCGCCGCGACACUGAAGGGCUGCUGAUUGGUCCGCGCCGUCCACGCGAGCACUGCCAUUGGUGGGGAGCCAGCGGCGGGGAGGGGGGUCGCCGCGGGGGACGGUCCAGGAUCCCGGAGCACGCACCUUAUCUUCGCAUCAGAAGCCAAACGGACCCCGCUCCCCCCCCCCUCCCCCCUGAAUUCCCCUCAUCUGGACCCGUCGGUGUGGGACAGGUGAAAGACAGACCUCACAGGUCAAAGGUCAGGAGCGCAGCGAGUGCUGGGAGACGGCCGAGUGGCGUAAGGGGCUCAGGACUCGCGAUGUUCACUUCCUGGAUAAUUUUACUGCAUCCGCCCCUCCCGGUGACUGUCCCAGUGACGGACGCAGACAGCAAAGAGACGAUGUUUUAUUACGGAACAACUUGGCAAUAAAACGAAGGACCGUGAGCGAGUGUGGUGGGGGAGGGAAUCUUUCGAUCGAGACGGCCAGACGGGGACAGAGGCCUUUCACGUGUCCCAAGACCCGUCCCGUCGCGCACUAGCCCACCAUUCCCCUGCAGGGGGCGCUGUCUCUGCUCUGCUAGAAGGGAAAGAGAAUUAUGCUCACGUCAACGAAGCACAGGGCUGACUUCCGCUGUUGCCGCGUUUAUGGGUUUGUUUUGCCUGUCUUAAUUGCACAUGUUUCAAAGUAUAUAUAUAUAGCGGGGGUCAUCGGUCAGAAAGUAAAAGCAGUAAAGUUGCAAGGUUAUUUCCAUUUGCUUUCCUGAUGUGCGCGCACACUGGCAUGUAUAUAUCUGUAAAGCGCCCUGCUCAAGUCUGCUUGUGCACCAGGACUCGAGUUCCUGUGCAGCUGUGAGUGUGUGUGUGUGCACGUCGCCAGGUCUGUCGCAUAGGUCGACGGUACGAGUGUCCCCGGUCGCAGCCGCUCCCGGUUCGGAACAGAACGGAACCCGGGGGCGGACAGGAGGGCGAGUGUCGCAGAUCGUACCGAAUAACCAAAAACAGAGCCUAUCUCCAGUCGGACAGGCUGGAGGUGAAGAAGUUGGGCCGAGGGGUGGGAGGUGGUGCCUUGACGUUUUUUGUUUUCUUAGAAAAAGAACCUAAUCGAAAAAAUAAUUUAUAAUCACGGACUUCAGCUGAUCGUGUUGCUUUCACGCCUCAGUACACCGCCGCUUCGUUUUUUUUUAAAUAAUGUUGUUGGAACUUCAUUAGCAAGAUGAUGUGGCUGAAAAUUGUCUAUGCAACUGUUUCAUUUGGUGACGUACAAUGGGCUUCAGUUGUUGUUAUUAUUUAAUUGUUGUGUUAAACACACGCACUAGGAUGGAUGAACCUCCCGAAUGGUCCAAAGACUCCGGUAGCAGUGUCGUCUGAUGUGUUCUGCUCUUGUUAAAACAUUGUUGAAGAGGUGUAUUCCUGUUGAUGACUUUGAUACAAAUCAAACUGAGAGGAGGCGUUCAGUGGUCUCUGCAUUUAAGGCGAGCCCUCACUUGUGAUGUGACACUUCGCCACAGGUACAAGGAGAAAUGAGAGUUGUGCUUUUUUUUUUAAACAAAACAGAAAAAUCAUCCUGCCUAACCCAUCAGAACAGCUCAACACCCCAACCACUUUUUAUAGAAUCCACUUUAUAAACUUUCCCAGUUCUGGGAACAGCUGUGCACUCUUUUCCAAUGUCUUGCAAAAGGCGAGGACUUGAAGUAUACUGUUAAAUCGAAAAGUUAUUAUCUCGACAGCUGUAUUCAUACCUCCAGCAGUUUUAUCUCAUCUCCACAGUGAUUUGAAUGGUUUUUCAGGGCUCAGGAAUGGACUUUAAUUGUCCUUCAGCCCCAAAUCCCAUUGUGUGAGCCUGAGGUGAGAAAAUCAACAGUUACAAGUGCUUUCUCCAUGUCAAAACAGUAGUUUUUUUAUGUUGCAAUCACUGACACUUUAUUGGCAGUGGGUUGGUUUAAAAGACCUUUCACAUUGCUGUGGAAAACCUGGGUUAUCAAACUGUUCAUCAACUUCUCCUUCCCUCAGUCAGCUGUGUAGCGGGGCUAUGGGCACAGACUGGUAUCCCCCAGAAGUGGGUCUGCACAUCCAUGGGGUGACAUGGCUUCCUUUCUGUUUGCAAAGCAUGCUGGGCUUCUGUGGGAUGAAAAGAGCUCUGCGCCUGAAGGCAUAAUUGGUAAUUGUAGAUUUGAACUGCUUGGCAGCACUGCUAGCCCUGCAGCUUCAGGGGUCAAGUCUGGGUGGGGGGUGCCUGUCUGGGUGGAGUUUGCAUGGUCUCGCUGUGCAGUCCUGGUGGUAGGUAGUUGUCCUCAGGACUCCAGUCCUGUCUAUAGGAACAGAACCAGCCCACCAGCCUCGGCUGUAUCCUUCCCGAUGUUCACAAACAGGCACUGUGAUAUAACAGCAACACACUCGCAUAUUUACCCCCCCCCACAGCUGAACCUUUGCCCCAUAAUAAUCUGUAGGAUAUGCUUAUUGAGGCAUAACUGCAGUGUCUUUAAAUUCAGGUAUCAUUCUGAAGACACCUUUUGACAUGCAGUUGAGACGCAAAUAGAACUUUCCUAGUUCAAUUGGUUCACCUUGAUUCCACUGGGAUAUUUUUUGUAAGUAUACUGAUGAAAAAAAUAGCAGUGUUUUCUAAACUGUGCUACAGCCUCUCCUGGUUUUCUAUGUGUGUUUUUUUUAAUUUUUGUUAAAGUGUAAAAUCGAAGGUUUGUGUCAGGGAAAUUUUUUAGAGUAAAAUUGACAGUACUGUAUUGCUUUGGGGCUUUUUUUGUUUUGGGCUUUUGAGUUUGCUUAAUAUUUAAGCUGCAAAUCGACCCCACUGUUUCAUUAGAUUCGUCUCCUUUAUUUUGUGAGCUUGCAAUGAAAACAAAAAAAAUCAAAAACUGCUGCGUGAGUCAUGUUUAAAGCUUCAUCCAGACUGUGUUUGAUGAAUCUUCUCUCUCAAUUACUUAAAUAAAGAGGAUUCUUUGUUUUUGUUGAUA